AUGUCAUUAAAAUUAGUAAAACUUGGUUUCAAAUUUGGAAAUUUAUUAGCACUUACACCUGCCAAGAUAGAACAAAAUGGGCUUGCGUUUCCAUCAAAAAUAUAUGCACUGCUCUGGAUAAUACUAUUCUCUGCAGGAGUGUCAAUUUCUGCUUUUUUCAGAAAAGCUAUCUAUGAAAAAUUAACUCCUGUGAUACUCACCCUUCGAGUAGCUAUAGACACACUUUUGUUUGUUCUUAAUAUUUCUACAAUUAUAAUAACAGCCACGAAGAGACAUCAAUGGAACAGAUUUAUCAAUAUUUUAAAAUUUCUUAAAAAUAGCAAUGAGAAGGGAGAUUUAUUUUGGUUUUUACCUUUUCUUUUAACAAAUGUUGUUUUCGUAGUAAUCUUUACGUACUACACUACUAUUUUUGCUCAAAGAAUGGGUGUCGAUUUCUUUAAAUAUUAUGCAGUGGAAUAUUUUCAAUUUUAUGCUCAGUUUAUUGUUUACUAUUUGAUUUAUGUAUUAUGUAUGAUACUGGACAGAGUCCAAAAUCUAUCAAAAAAUAUCAAGCUUUUGAAGAUUCAACCUAAUCGACUAAAUAAUUUUGCUUUGAAGAGAAUAAAAAUUAUUUUUUUUGAAUUGGAGGAAUGUAUAGAUAUUUUCAACAAUAUCUUUGGCUGGUUAAUCUUAUUAUUGAUUGGAUUUUGUUUUCUCCAACAACUAUCAUAUCUGCACAAUUUUAUCGUCGGGCUACAAAACCCAUUACCAAUUCUUAUAUUUCGAAUAAUGUAUAUUACCUGGCAUAUGGUCGGGACAUUUAUUAGUGUAUUCUUGUGUGAUUUAAUACAACAAAGAGUUAAAAAUAUGCAAAUGGAAGCGCAACAAAUUGCAGCAAAUUGUGCAGAAGGAAAAGAAUAUGAAGAUAUAAAAAUUCUUGAAGAUCCCAUUAAUCACAGUUUUCCUAACUUUACAGCAGCCAGAUUUUUUGAUCUAAAUAGAAAAACGAUUCUUGGUGUAAUUAAUGCUCUGCUUACGUUUUUGAUUGUUGCGAUCCAAUUUGAAAACAUUCAAAUUUGA